UAUUCACUUAUUUACCUGCCUCAUCUAUCAAUCAAUUUGUCUUCAAGCCUUCCCAUCCUUCUAUCUACCUAUCCGUCUACCCAUCUAUCUACCUCUAUCUAUCUAUCUAUCUAUCUAUCUAUCUAUCUAUCUAUCUAUCUAUCUAUCUAUCUAUCUGCCAGUCUCUCAUUUUAAAACACCUUCCUAUAAGUUAUCAUUUCUAUCUGUCAAAAUGUCGCUGGGAUUUAUUAAGAAAAAAGUCAACAUCAAGUUUCAUUGGGGUUCAAAAUCAGAUUUUGAAGCACCCAUGGCUGCCAUUAGGAAAAAAUUGGUUAUUGUUGGUGAUGGUGCUUGUGGUAAAACAUGCCUUCUCAUAGUGUUUAGUAAAGACCAAUUUCCUGAAGUGUACGUCCCCACAGUUUUUGAGAACUAUGUGGCAGAUAUAGAAGUAGAUGGAAAACAGGUGGAAUUGGCUUUAUGGGAUACAGCCGGUCAAGAGGAUUAUGAUAGAUUGCGACCGCUCUCCUAUCCUGAUACAGAUGUUAUAUUAAUGUGUUUCUCUAUUGAUAGUCCUGACAGUUUAGAGAACAUUCCAGAAAAGUGGACACCUGAAGUGAAGCAUUUUUGUCCUAAUGUUCCCAUUAUAUUAGUUGGAAACAAAAAAGAUCUGCGCAAUGAUGAAACUACACGUCGGGAAUUGGCCAAGAUGAAACAAGAACCUGUAAGAGCUGAUGAUGGCAAAGCAAUGUCGGAAAAAAUCGGUGCUUUCUCAUAUUUAGAAUGUUCAGCCAAAACUAAAGAGGGGGUUAGAGAGGUGUUUGAAACGGCAACCAAAGCAGCUUUACAAGUUGAAUUGGCUCUUUGGGAUACUGCUGGACAAGAAGAUUAUGAUAGGCUGCGACCUUUGUCUUACCCUGACACAGAUGUGAUUCUUAUGUGCUUUUCUAUCGACAGUCCAGACAGUUUGGAAAAUAUACCGGAGAAGUGGACCCCCGAAGUGAAACACUUUUGUCCUAAUGUUCCUAUCAUUUUGGUCGGCAAUAAGAAAGAUCUUCGAAAUGAUGAAAAUACAAAGAGAGAACUUAUGAAGAUGAAGCAGGAACCUGUACGACCCGAAGAUGGUCGUGCUAUGGCUGAAAAGAUCAAUGCCUAUAGUUACUUAGAAUGUUCUGCUAAGACCAAAGAUGGUGUGAGAGAAGUGUUUGAAACAGCUACUCGGGCAGCACUUCAAGUAAAGAAGAAGAAGAAAGGAGCCUGUACCAUGUUGUAAUUUGGACACGCAUCAAUUUUUCUCAUUCUUUCCAACUUUUUCCUCUCCCCCCCCACUUAUGUAUCCCACUUACAACAAAGAAAAGGAAACUUUUUUUUUUUUUUUUUCAAAACAUGCUUUUUGUUACAAAAAAAAAAAAAGAAAAACUUGCUGCUUUCUCCAAUGUUCACAAACUUAGUCCACUUUUUGCAGAUAUCUAAUCUAAAUCUAAUCAAUUUGAUUCACUGAUUUUUUUUGCAAGUCAGUUUGAACGAGAUGAUAAAAAUUAUAAAAAAGAAUAUAUAUAUAUGAAAUUAUAUUUAAAAUGAAUUUAAAAAAUGAAAAAUGUUUGUAUGGACAUGUGGACUACAGAUAGGUAUGUGUGUGCAUGGUUGAUUGGUUUGUAUGUCUGUAGAUACAUAAAACGAAAUUGUUCAUGUUGCUAUUGGCACCAUGCUCGACAGCCUUUUCAAUAUGCAUUCAUGAACACUUUUUCCUACUCUUAUGCUGGUAUUCAUUCCUGUUUGCAUAACAUUUUAUUUCAACAUAUUUUUUUUUUUUCAUUUGCCAUUGGUUAUAGUUAAACGGUUUGUAUUAUUAUUAUUAUGCCAGUAUUUUUUUCUUAUCGUAACAAAACGAAAGUAAAUCUGAAUAAAAAAACAAACUUAAUCUCUCUUUGAAAUAUUGGAGAGAUAGUAAACCUGACCAUUGUAGCUAAAUUGUGUGCUGGUAUCUUCCAACAUUGAAGUAUUAUUUUUCUAAGUUAGAAUAUUUUCUGCCGCCUUAUUGCUCAUCUGUAGCUGUCUUCAGGUAUCUGUCAACUGCAGUACUAAUAGAUACAGAGACCAAAAUCAUUAUUUUAAACCACAUACCUGCUUUCCGUCAUAAAUGUAUUUGGAUGAAUGGAUUAAAACUUUUUCUCUAGGUAGCUAUCUGGAAUGGUGUUACCUUUUUUUAUCAGACAGCUUUAUCUACAUCAUAAAGAAAGUCUUUCAUCUUCAGCUGUCACUUUUUAAUGAUAUGGUGAAUAUAAUUUGGCAGAUUUUUUUCUUAAGACUUAGUUAUUUCACCUUUAUUGAACUAAUAUUAUUAACCCUAAUAAAAUAUCUACUGAUGAAGGGAUUCACUGUUCUUUAUUGUAUAAAGACUGGCUGCUUCUUCAGUGAUAUAACAGGUUUUUAAUUCUUUUAAUUUUGUCUGAUUUUUAUAUCUGACUGCUCCAAAUUUUUUUUUUUUUUUAACGGAAUAAACUUGUGCCAGAAUUACAAUUCCUCAUAUUAAGUCUUUUUUUUUUUUCUUUCUAAUAUAAUUAAGACAUUCUCAAAAAAAAAAAAAAAAAGCCUUAAAUUGCUUUUUAAUUAUCAGCAAGAAUAAGCAUUGCAGGAACUGAGUUAAGAUGUUCCAAAUAGGUUGUGUUUUUAAAACUGUUCCAAAUAUAUUUUCUUGUUCCUGUGUGCACGUGUACAGAAUUCUUCAUUGACUUUUUUUGAGUAUUAACAAGCAUGUAGUUGAAGAAAAUCUGUAAUAAAGGUUCUUAUUUGAUUAAAAAGUUGUUUUUAAAGUUUGUCUAAUUUUCCUAAUCUGAGUUAAGGACAAUCAACCAACAUUUAUUAGUUCAGCUAAGACUUAACAAAAGACAUUGUUUUCCUAGUUAGACGAAGCAAAAAUGUUUUUUAAAAUUUCUUAUUUUGAUACGAUAGGUGGUCUUUCAAACACAUUUGCUUCUUGUAGAAUCUUCAAUGUAUUCCUAAUACCAGUUCAUCCAGUUCAAACAAAAUUUCAACUGAAGUAGCAAGGAAGCUUAGAUUUUACGUUUGAAUGGUGUUAAAGAAAGCUUAUUGAGAUUCUAGCAAGCUUAACUGUAUGCUGUAGCUGUGUUUAUUUAUCUUGCCAUCUCAGUGGUAUGCUUGUACUACUUCAAAGUGGUUCAUUAUAAAAUUUCAAUGAAGUCAGUUGGUAUAAAUCUAUAACAAUCAUGUAGAAACGCUGUUUCUCCUGAGGCUUAUAUUUUGAAAACUAAUCUGUGAAACAUUUUAUUAAAUGUAGUAAAUUUAUACACUUAAAUCCUGACAUCCCAUCCCUUCGCGUGGCAAAGUCUAUAGAAUACGGAUUUUUCAAUUAAAUAUACCCCUUCCUCACACCCCUUUUUUUUUUUUUUUUUUUUUUUUUUUUUUUUUUUUUUCCCCUGAAAAACAACCUCCAUUUGUACCACAAGUUAAAAAAAAAAUUCUCUUGAAUGACACGUACUAUUAUUAAGGUAGGUGUUUCGCUCCAUCAGAAAUUCUAUGGUACAUGAAGCUAUUGCUGCUGGGUAGAAUUUGGAUGUUGGUGCCUUAAACAGUCUCAACUUUUUUAAUAUUGGUUUAAUGUCACCAUUUAACAAUGUCAGAAACAAAUCUAUCAGUUUAAUUUUUAGAUUAACAUUCUCUUUCAGAGCUUGUGUACACCAUUGAAUCUCCUACUUUUAUGUUAACUUUCCAGGUUAUUUUUCAAGUUACAAUUGUCACUUUGGCUUUAUCCUUUUCUUCCUUUUCAAAAAUUAAAAAUAUUUUUUUAACUGCAACAUUCAACCAAAACUGAAGGAUAAUUAAACCUUGGUUAUCCUAGAUUUAUUUUUACUUUCUAUCUUAAUCGUUCUCAUACUGUUUUUUUUUUUUCUCUUUUUUUUUUCCCUUUAUCCUAGUUUCAUAUUGUAUUCUGAAAUAUCUCUGGAGAAGAAAGAAAAAAUAUAAUUACGUUUAUUUUUGAAUUUUAUAAAUUUUGUUUUGAGUCUCUCCCAAAGAUGAAUGAAUAAUGUUCUUGCUUUGCCGUUAUUCCCCACCUUAAAAAAAAAAAAAUUAUAAUUUUUUUUUUAAAAAUAAAAAUAAAACUUACAGAACAGUUA